AUGCCCGCGUCGCAGGAGGAAAAGGAGAAGCUGGACCCAGAGCCCGAGGAGAAGAAAAGGGGAAGACAAGGGACGGAGAUCGAGGGCCAGCGGAGGCCUAUGCUCCCAAGCUUUGCGCACACUGUCAGGUCUUUUCAGUCUUUUCAGCAAAUGACCUUCCUGAUGUGCGCAAGGCUUGGCCUCCAGCUCAACAACAACACAACCCAGGGCCAAGCUAUGGUAGUGGAGCUGAUUCUGACCUUCCAGCUGGCACUCUGCAUCUUCUCCUCCACCGACACCCGCCGCACCAGUCCUGUGGGCUCUCCGGCCCUGUCCAUUGGCCUUUCCGUCACACUGGGCCACCUCGUGGGGAUCUACUUCACCAGUUGCUCCAUGAACCCAGCCCGCUCUUUCGGCCCCGCAGUGGUUAUGAAUCGCUUCAGCGCUGCUCACUGGGUGUUCUGGGUAGGGCCCAUCGUGGGGGCCAUCCUGGCUGCCAUCCUCUACUUCUACCUACUCUUCCCCAACUCCCUGAGCCUGAGUGAGCGUGUGGCCAUCAUCAAGGGCACAUAUGAGCCUGAGGAGGACUGGGAAGAGCAACGAGAGGAGCGAAAGAAGACCAUGGAGCUGACUGUCCACUGACCAGUGCCAGGCAGGGGCCAGCCCCCCAGCCCCUGAAUCAUAGGGGCAAAUAUAUAUAUAUAUAUGACAGCAAAGCUUCCUUCCCCUACAGCUGGGUCCUCUGGGCUAGGGAGGAGGUGCUGGCUCUCCCAGCUUCACAGUUAGGGAUAGGAGCAGUAACCCAUGAUGGGACUCUUGGGUUGGGGCCAGGGGCUGGUGUCUGAUGGGGAGGGGGUCUCUCUGGGACAGGGCAGACUGCUGCCAUGAGGUCAGACCUCAGAGACUGUGAAAGUAGCACCAAGCUUAUAGGCUGCGCUGGGGCCAAGCUAGGAAGGAGUGGCCAGCAGUCUGUAUGCCCCUAUCUUCCCCCACCGCCCCCCGGUUAAGAGCCAGAGGGGUCCCGGUCCCUAGGACUGCAGAGGCUGCCCCUCCCCAGAUUGCCUAAGGAGGGAGACAAACUGGUUCAUUAAACGCUGCCUUAUUUAUUUCUGCUCGAGGAUGCACGGGGUAGGGCUGCUGGUGUUUGGAGCAGGGGCUUACCAAUAAACCACUGACAUUCA